AUCAUCUGAUUUUAAUUCAGAACAAGAUUUAAGUGUAACUUUGAGGGACUUGAAACUAAUUAGAAAGACAAAAAAUAUAAAAUAAAAUGAAAAGCAUUUUUUUUUUUUUUUUUUUUUUUUUUGCGUUUAAAACAAAUAGACGGAGAGUGAAAGAAUUGAACGGAACCUAAAGGUCUUAACAUGUGUUUUUAACUGACCAUUUUUAACUGAAUCGCAUUUUUUAACCGAAUCGCACGUGGCGCGCGAGGCAUCCUUGAGAAGCAAGUGUUUAACAAGAAUUAUGGCAUAUUCCUCUUUUAAUGUGUCAGUGCAUAAAACGUUUGUUUAUGACAGAUAUUUCAGAAGCGUAGUCUGUGAAGCCCCUGACAGACGCCGAUGAUGCGCGCGUCAGGUGUGCGCGCGCUCGCAGCAUGUGUUUGACUCUCAGCAUCACUCAGACAGACAGAUGAAGCUCAUCUCCUCCUCAUCACUGCAAUUAACGCGCUCACUUCAGAUGAUGACGGAGAACUGCACGAGACUCAUCAGGAGCCCUGCUGGAGGUGUCAUGGUGGCUGUCAGAGGAUGAUGAUGGAUGUGUCUGGUGAUCUUCAGCACAUCCUCAUGCAAUAUUAACCUGUCUGAGAUUGUCUGAGCUGCUCCUUAUUUAAAUCCACUUGGAGUGCAUCAUAAGACUUCCCUACAACUGGUGCUCGAUCAAACACAACCAAAGAUUGUAACCAAUCUUAAAAUGUGUUAAACUCCGUAAAUGUUUUCCCCAAUUUGUUCUCCCUUCACAGGUCUGGUGUCAUGUAGAUCUCAUUGACUUGCUGUGACACAUUCAUCACUUCGGAGCAGUUGUGGAAACCACUGAAACACUCAUCCCCACCAUGGGGGAGAGACUGGGCCGCCAAACCCCUCUUUUGUCCCGCGGCCGUACGUUCGGAUGGUCCACCUCCAGCAACAGCAUCAAGCUGAAGAACUGCGGCCACAACGGCCACGACUUCCCGGUGCGGAGCUCUCUGCACAGCCUGGAGGAGGCAGCAGCGUCCAGCGCGUCCCUCGCACCGUCCCGCUCUCCUGUUUCACUGGAACCGGAGCCCGUGGUGAAUAAUGGAUCAAGCGCAGCCGUCGCUCCAGGUGGCCACACAAAGGAGCCACCGGCGCACAGCGAGCGCUGCCAGCCCCUCUCCGUCCCCGCCGCCGCCCGCUUCAUGCACAGCCCCUACCACGCCAAGACUAGCAUGCAGGGCGAUGUGUACAACUUCCUAGAGAGACCCGCCGGCCUGAGGUGCUUCCUGUAUCACUUCCUCGUGUUUCUCAUGGUCCUAGUGUGUCUGAUAUUCAGCGUCCUGUCCACCAUUGAGCAGUAUGCAGACUUUGCCACAGGAUCUCUCUUCUGGAUGGAGAUCGUGCUGGUGGUGUUUUUCGGGACAGAGUACGUGGUCCGGCUGUGGUCGGCUGGCUGUCGGAGCAAAUAUGUGGGCAUUAAAGGGCGUCUGCGGUUCAUCAGGAAACCCAUCUCCAUUAUAGAUCUGAUAGUGGUCGUCGCUUCUGUUGUGGUUCUGAGCGUUGGGUCCAAUGGGCAAGUGUUUGCCACAUCCGCAAUCAGAGGGAUCCGUUUCCUUCAGAUCUUACGUAUGUUGCAUGUGGAUCGUCAGGGUGGAACAUGGAGGCUUCUGGGAUCAGUGGUUUUUAUUCAUCGGCAGGAGCUGAUCACCACGCUGUACAUCGGGUUCCUGGGUCUGAUCUUCUCCUCGUAUUUUGUUUAUCUGGCCGAGAAGGACGCAGUAGACGAGGAGGGGAGGACGGGUUUUUCCAGCUAUGCUGAUGCUCUAUGGUGGGGCGUGGUUACGGUGACUACGAUAGGCUACGGAGACAAAGUCCCUCAGACGUGGAUCGGGAAGGCCAUCGCCUCCUGUUUUAGCGUGUUUGCGAUCUCCUUCUUCGCUCUGCCUGCGGGCAUUCUGGGAUCGGGUUUUGCUCUUAAAGUCCAGCAGAAACAGAGGCAGAAGCAUUUUAACCGUCAGAUUCCAGCCGCAGCCUCUCUCAUUCAGACGCUGUGGAGAUGCUACGCCUGCGAGAAGUCCAACGGGUGUACGGCCACGUGGAAGAUGUACGUGCUGACGGGCGACUACAUCCCCAUCAUAAACUCGGAAAACUCCAGCCCGGGCAACUUCAGACGGCUGAGCAAGCGUUACAAACGCAAGCCCAAGUCCAUGCGUGAUAACGGUUCUCUGGGUCCCGGAGGAGAGCGAGCCCUUUCCAUCCCGCAAAUCACCUACGACCACAUCGAUGAUAAAGAUGGAGACUUUUCAGAGGAGUCCACAGUUAAGAAAAAGUUGGACGGCCCCGACAUCUCACGAAACAACAGCCUGGUGGAUGAACUGGACUUCAGUGGUGAAGGCAUCCCUCUACCUGUAGUGACAGACGCUUCACAACUUUCCCACGCACACAGAUCUGCCAUCAAGGUCAUCAGACGGAUGCAGUACUUUGUGGCUCGAAGGAAAUUUCAGCAAGCGAGGAAACCGUACGACGUGCGAGACGUGAUCGAGCAGUAUUCUCAGGGCCACCUGAACAUGAUGGUUCGCAUCAAAGAGCUGCAGAGAAGGUUGGAUCACACGUUGGGAAAACCGGGAAUGUUCCUUCCAGAGAAAGGUGUGGAUAAGGAAUAUUAUACAGUGGGAGCCCGGCUGAUCCGACUGGAAGAUAAGGUGCUUCAGAUGGACGUGAAGGUGGAGAACAUCCUGAAGAUCCUAAUGGAGCAUUUCCAGCCCAAACCAGAGCUGCUGCAGAAACCCAACCAGUACAGCUCCCGCGUCACCGUCAUGAAGCGGCUGGGCGUCAGCAUGGACGAGAGCCAAUGACACGCUCGCAUAGAGAACUAACGCUAUGCAUCGUGGGAAACGGGGUCCGAGAGGAAGAACUUGGUGUUUCCAGUUUCUGACUACAAACUGAACAUCAUCUGAGUUGCCAAGUGGGCAAAGUAGUUUUAUGGGGAUCCUCAGAAUCUCCUAAUCCAAGCUAAACUGUCCGUUUGUCAUCAUUAGGAUGCAUUACUUGAUUGGUUUUAUGGUCAGCGCUCUCACCAAGGGUGUCGUUCGGACCUGUUUAGGUCAAGCAGGAAUGGUUCUCGUGAACAAAACAAAGGCUGAAAUCAUAAAUAACAUUUCCAAACUAAGACCGUGAACGUGCUUCGGGAAUGAAAGCUGCCGUUGAUGUAUGGCUGUGGUAGGGCUUAUCAAAAUAGCAAAACACCCAUGAUAGAUUCUAAUGAAGUUUAAUAGCGCUCUGAGAAAGGAGGCUAUUCAAGGCUGUUGACGUUGAGAGGAGAGCCAAGAUUCCCAACAGCAGAUCAGUCAGAACUCAAACCAUGCCAUAAUAGCGUUUUGUUCCCCAUGAAGCACCUUUUAGAUGCGUUUGUUUGAUCGAAUGAUUAUUUUUCUCUUCCAAGAUAAUUAAACGUUGAAAGGCGAGGCGAGUUGACGGAAAAUGCAAUUAAUGAGAUGAAAAACACGUUUCACUGUUUUUUUCCAGUAACCGCAAAGCCGUAUUGAGGAAAAUACCUUCAUCCUGGAUCUUUUCUGCAGACAUGUUCAUCUGUUGGCCAUUUGCCUUUCACAGAAUUAACACUAAUUUUUUUUUCUUUUCAUAAAGCAAAAAGCCACAAUAUGACAGUGAUGUAAGCGUUCUUAUGUCUAAAACCACGGUAAAAUCACGGUAUCUGACAGCUGCAAGUGGUUUAUUGCUUUUAUGAAACAGCAAUAUGAAAAUAUGCUCAAUAAAUAGUUUAAACAUUCAUUGAUUAUAAUAAUAAGUGGAAUGAAAAUUAUUACAUUUAAAAAUUAAACAUCUAAUACAUAAUAAAAGUUUGGAGGUCGGUAAGGUUUUUUAAUAUUUUUGAAAGAAGUCUCUUCUGCUCAUCAAGGCUGAAUAAAAAUUACAGUGUAAACAGUAAAAUUGUGAAAUA